CCUUUUUUUCCCCUUCCUCCUUUUUCUCUUUUUUUAAUCUUUUUGCAGGGGAGUCGCAACACAAAAUUCGAGUGCAAAGCCCAACAGACCGAUAUAGAGAAGAAGUGGGCUCCUUAACAUAACACGUAACCGGCCGCCGCGCGAAGAAGAAAAAAACCCUAACCAGAUAGAACUCGUCGGAGGGAGCGGGAGGAGAUCCAAAGGGCGGACAUGGCGGCGGCGAAGGCGGCGUUGGAGAAGAUGAGGGCGUUCUGGGACUCGCAGUGCAACAACGAGGAGAACUGGGCGGUCAACUAUAAGGUGCUAAAGGCUGCUGGUAUAUUUGCUGGAUCCGUCUUCCUGAUGCACAACUUUGGCCAUAAUAUGGUCAUCUAAACGGGACUAGAUAGGGCAAUAAUGGACAUUCAAUGGUGUGGUGUUGCACUGCCUUUUUCGUUUUCUCAUCAACAUGGUCAUCACACAUGUUCUUAGUGUGGAUUAAGGAGUGAAACUGUUGUUCUUAGACAUUGGUUGGUAAUAAUGGCAGCCAAAAUAGUACUUUAUAUGUAUUACUCUAUCAGGUGUUCUCAUGCUUUGUGAAUUAUCAGGCAAGUCGUCGCAAACUUGUUGGGGAUCCCUUUUUGUUAGGUCUUCUUGAACUUUGUCCUCCAGUUCAUGCAGUGAAUUAAGCCGGUGAUACUAUAUUGCUGUGAAUAAUUUACAUCUUCCUGA